AUGGUAGACUCCACGCGUGUUUUUGCUCUUAGCCUCAUCUGGCGAUUACUCACAAACUCAGGCUCGUUGUGGGUUGCAUGGACAAAACACAAUCUGCUUCGUCGGCGAUGCUUCUGGGAUGUGAACGACACUGGUUCUGGCUCGUGGAUCUGGCACAAGCUCCUUAAGCUUUGGCAACAGGCUGCCUCUUAUCUGCGAUCUGAGAUCGGUAACGGUAGGCACACUCUAUUCUGGUUUGAUAAUUGGCUUGACAUGGGAAGGCUGCUUGAUGUUGCAGGUGACUCUGGCACUCAGUUCCUCGGUAUCACUCGCUAUGCAACUGUUGCUGAUGCAGCCACGUCUGGACAAUGGAGCAUUCGACGAUGUCGCAGCUAUCACCUACGGGCGAUGAUAGCUCGCAUCCACGAUGUUCCAGCUCCGGUAGUGGAUGCAGAACGUGACAAAAUGCUAUGGCGACACGGGGAGGACGACUACAAAGCAUGGUUGUCUUCAUCGAGGACAUGGGAUCAAGUGCGAGAGAGAAGCCCCACAGUGACAUGGAGUGAGUUGGUUUGGUUUCCACAAGCUAUACCUCGUUUCUCUUUCAUUGCAUGGCUUGCUGUUCGCAACAGUCUCUCUACAGGCGAUCGCACUCAAGCUUGGGGUGAGCACCAAUACUGUCACCUCUGUGGUGAGCCACAGGAAAUGCGAGAUCACAUCUUUUUUGGCUGUCCAUAUACGUAUACGGUCUGGACAGAGACGAUCGGAUCACUACUUCCGAGACCAACCCAGACUGGAACAUCACUAUCACAAUGCUCCUCUCUAGGCGUAGAACAGCCACUGUCACUUGCUUGCUUCGUCUCUCAUUUCAAGCCGUGGUACAUAGUGUUUGGUGUGAACGAAAUAGACGCAAACACAACAAUGGUUUGCAUACAACACAUGAACUCAUUAAGAAGAUUGACAAGCUUAUCCGAAACAGAGUGUCCUCCUUGCGUCACAAAAAUGUUGCUUUCUAUGGCAGCAUGA